AUUCGGGCCCCGCGUCACCAGUUCAACGAGUGAACAGACCCCAAAGAAGUGAAAAAAAAGGCCCCGAAACCCGGGCGCUUUCCAAAGUGCAAAACCCAAUAAUUUUUUUCCGUUUUUUUUUUCAUCGACAAAUUUCCCCGUUUUUUCAGUGUGGAAACCGUGGAAAAUUAGUGCCGGGCAAAAAUCAGUGGUGAUGUGAAGUGCGUAAUCAGUGUGGUGGCUAUCGAGGGCGACCAGGAGGUAAUAGGAAUAGUGCGACACGAUGCGGUCGAAACGGCAGUGGUUUAUUGUGAUAUAGUGUUUAUAGUGCGCCAAAAAACAACGUUUCCUCAAUGUGGUGUUUAGGGCACGAUGGUCAGAGAGACUAGACACUUGUGGGUAGGAAAUUUACCCGAGAAUAUCAGAGAAGAUCGAAUAAGGGAGCAUUUUAAACGAUAUGGCCGAGUGCAGAGUGUUAAAUUACUGCCAAGGGUUUCCGAGGAGAAGACGGGCGAGGUCCAGAUGGCGUGCACGGUGGCGUUCAUGGACAUCAAAAGUGCGGCCAAAGCGCACAACGCCGAGCUGAAGAUCGACGAUCGCACUCUGAACACGGAGUACUACGAACCUGUUGCCAUUCCGUCCGCGGCCUCGCCGCACCCGGGCACGCCACCCUCUUACUCUACCUCUACCUCGCCUGGCGCCACCAGGUUCCCCAACGGCCAUGGGUCGUCCGACGAGCACGGUUUUCCAGACCCGACGGGCGGCGCAUCGAACCGGUUUUACGAGCGCACGAGCGGCGGCGUCGUGGCCGCCCCCACGUCUGCCCCCGAGGGCGGUUCCGGCACCUGCAGAGGCGGCCGGAACCGGGAUCGGUUCCGUGGGGGCGGCGGUCACAGAGGAACGAAUUCGGUUUGGGGAACCACCACCGCCGCUGGUUAUGGAGACACGUCCAGGUAUAACAGUACCGAGCGAAGUCAGUCGGAAACAACAGGGUAUAGCUCGGCGCCGUCGUCAGAAUCGAAUGAACGGCGCAACUCGGAUAAUGUUCGGAAGAAAGCCAAGUCCAGGUCUGGCUCUCGAUCGCCAUCACCAAACGGAAGUACCAGUAGUCGAUCUCCUUCGAGGUCGCGUUCGCGCAGCAGUAGCAGUUCGUCAUCGUCGACGACGUCGCGCGGCACCUCGUCCACGUCGUCGCCGUCGCGCUUGCGCAGACACCAGCGUCGUUAUAAAAAAUCCGCUGCGGCGGCGCAGGCGGCGGGCGGCACCGAAACACCCCUGGACGACAGUAGGCGACCUCUAGGUAUUUGCGUGCGAAACUUACCGGUCCGGUCGAGCGACACCUCCCUUAAGGACGGUCUGUUCCACGAGUACAAAAAACACGGAAAGGUCACGUGGGUGAAGGUGGUGGGCCAGAACGCAGACCGGCACGCAAUCGUUUGUUUUAAGAAACCGGAGGACGCGGAGAAGGCGUUGGAGGUCAGCUACGAUAAAUUGUUUUUUGGGUGUAAGAUCGAGGUGGCGCCACAUUCGGUGUGUGAUAUAGACGAGGGCGAUUGCCGGUACGAGUCUGAAAUCGACGAGUAUAACCCGAAAGCCACCAGGACUCUGUUCAUCGGUAACCUAGAAAAGGACGUGACCGCGUCAGAUCUCAGGAAACAUUUCGACCAGUUCGGGGAGAUAAUCGAAAUCGACAUAAAAAAACAAGGGGCUGUGAGUUCGUACGCUUUUUGCCAAUACUCGGACAUUAUAAGUGUGGUAAAGGCGAUCCGCAAAAUGGACGGAGAACACCUGGGCAACAACCGGAUCAAACUUGGAUUCGGCAAGUCCAUGGCAUAUAAUUGUGUGUGGAUCGACGGGGUCGCGGACACCGUCACCGAAAAGUACCUGAGGAUUCAGUUCGAGCCGUUCGGAUCGGUGACAAAGUGUAUCGUGGAUCGCGAAAAGGGUCAAGGGUUGGUGUUUUAUGAGCACGUGUCCCAGGCACAACUGGCAGUGAGCAAAAUGCGAGGGUUCGUGCUGAAGAGUAUGAAGCUGCAGGUAGAUUUUGCCAGUCGGGAGUGUCAGGAGUGUUUUUUCGAACGGUUAGGGAAACAGGUCGGCGCGACGGUCUUGGAUCGGGCGGGGUUCGAGGACCGCACCACGAGGACUUUCGAGGUUAGCGCGCCAGCAAGAAUAUCGAGGUAUGAUACACCCACAAGGCCGAGAACAUCCAGCUAUUCGAGUAGAUCUUCGGUUGCGGCAAUGGCAUCACCCGGUACUCCCGGAAAUGCCACUCCGCGAGGAGGUCGUACUCGGGUGAGGUUUAUCGACUACGACCUCGAAUACGGAACGGUUGCGGCGAUCGAGGCGAGCGUGAGGCAUCCAGCGAGUCACCGUAGUUACGACGAGUACAGUCAGGGAUCGGCAGCCUCACACGAGGAACCUUAUGAUCCCUACGAACACCCGGUGGCGUAUUUACCCAAUAGUCCGGUGCAUCUGGAACCGUUGGAGGUUCGUGUAGUACAAAACUUAGUGGACGUGCCCUAUGCUCCGCACGACAUCCGUAACUUACAGAAAGAGCGGGUGCACCUCCUUGAGCAGCUGGAGGAUUGUCCGAGCUCGGGGGAUGAGCUUAUCAGUCCGAAGAAGCGAUUGAAGCUUGACCUCCUGGACCCCACCGUUGGGGAUGUUAUCAUCGAGGCGAACCAUCGCGAUCACAACAGAAAGGUAAAGGUUAUGGAAGUAAGGAGGUUAUCAGAGGCUACACUAAGACACCAUUCAAGAAGACCGUCGAUGGAUAAGUGCUACGCCCCCCAUACAGUGGGAUGCAAAAGGAGGAAGACGGGUGGCAGCGAGGCCGGAGCCAGAACUGGAACACAUUCUCAUUAUACCAACCAUUCAGACGGUUCCGACCAGGCCGGUUCUCGACCUGGAACACCUCUCUGCGACGAAAAUCCCGAGUUCCCCCUGGGCGAGCCACCGAAACGGACGACUAGAGAGCGCGAAGGACCAAUGGUGUUACCAUUGCCGAAAUGGGCGGCGCAGGUACGCGGUACUCCCGAAUUCCAGCGUGGUACCAUAUCGGUUGCGGGUAUCAAAGGUCAGAAGGAACACACGACGAACCCUUUGGCUAGUCCGCCCCCGGCGGCUACCAGCCCAAGGGUUUCCCAGUUACACCUUUUGCCAAGACCGCCAAGUCCGUCGCAGCAUGUACCGCCGCCAGCCUCACCGCCUCCCAGACCACCUAGUCUUAGUUCGAAUUCGAGCGAUAGCGAUGGUGCCACUGGGAGUCCGUCGUUGGAAGAGAGGAUUAAAUCGUUGGAUGAAAAAUAUGAAAAAUGGUCGGGGAGUAGGUCGCUGAGUGCAGCAGGGAAUGACGCGUUAGCUAUGCUGGACGCCAAUCGGGAGAAAUUCCGACUGAGGCAUAAACUGUUAGAGAUUCAAGAUCUUAAAGAGGUACAACCGUCGGAUAUUGUAAAAUCUGUAAUGGCAAAACGUUCGGUGUUCGACGAGGACUUAAAACGACUAGAGAGCGUUGGGGAGAAAUACGAACCGAAGGAUUUUGGAAUGUUUAGUCGACUAACAACAUUAACCACCUCCCAAUCUAGUGGAUCAUCGACACCUUCAAGUAAUAUUAGUAGUAGUAUCGCUCCGUUAACAGUAUCAGCAACUACGAAACUCACUACCUCAAUCAGCACUCAGUUGCCCAAGACAUCAACUAUGCUGUCUCCUAGGUCUUCAGGAACAAAUAUUUCCAUCCCGGCCAGCAGAGGUCUCCAAUAUCCCUUCCCUAGCCAUCCGCCGAUGCAGAUGUCUCCUGCGCCGCCCUUACCGCCCGCUCCACCUCCACCACCGCCACCUGUUGGGGCUCCUGCCACAACGUGCACCGCCCCAUCACAACCGGCAAGCCUUACGCCACCGCCUCCUCCUGCUGCCACUACCACAACAACAACAACAUCAACCCACAUUAACAACAACACAAGUGGCGUCGCUGUGCGGAACCCUAACCUUGGUGAAAACAGACUGAAACCUUUGGGACCGGCUCCCGGCGAUUCACGAACUCCUAGCGUAAAAAAUCGUAGUAGUGUAGUAGGUCCGGUAGUUAGUGAUGUUUGUAGUGCGGCGAUCGGGAUGAAACCCAGUGAAAAAGUGACGCUUAGACGCAACUCGAGUAGCACUAGCCCGAGGGCGGACGUUAAAACGCGGCGUAACAGUGACACUAGCGCGCGACGAAUAGACGAUAGUGAGAUUAAAAAGAGUGAGGAGCAAAAGCUCGCUGAUAAGGCCAAAGAAGAACUGGAGAAGCAGAGGAAGGAGCAGGAGGAGAAGGAGAGAGUGGAGAGAGAGAGGCUGGAGAAGGAGAAGCAAGAGAAAGAAAGGUUGGAGAGAGAGAGAAAGGAGAAAGAAAGGCUGGAGAGGGAGAGUGAGUUGGAGAAGCAGAGGCUAGAGAAAGAGCGGCUCGAAAAGGAAAAAAUUGCUCGAGAAAAAGCUGAAAAGGAGCGCGAGAGGAUACGGCAAGAGAAAGAGAGAGCGGCGAGGCUUGAAAAGGAGCUUCUCGAAAAAGAACGACUUGAAAAAGAACGUAUAGAAAAAGAACGACUAGAAAGAGAACAACAAGAGAAAGAAGAAAGGGACAGACGGGAACGCGAACUGAAAGAAAAACUAGAAAAAGAAGAGCGUGAACGUAAAGAAAAAGAGGCAAAGGAAGAGGAGCACCGCCAAGCGAAAAGUUGUAGCGACCGUAGAAAGAGUGAGGAUAGAGGCAGUAGUAGAACUAAAGACCCAGACAAUCAUAUUAGCAAACAUAGAGAAAAUCACAGUGAUUCCAGGCAAAGAGAAAACAAUACCCACCAUCACGACAGGCAGUCAAGUACCAAAGAAAUUAGAGAAGAAAAACCUUCUAGCAACUUAGAUAGUCAUCGACACGACAGCCACAAGGGACAUAAUUUAGAUAGAGACACCGAGAGGCGAAAGGAAAGUGUGAAGGAGAAUAGGGAUAAUAACAUUCACGAGAAGCACAAGCUUCUGAUCGAAACCAAAGACGAUCGAGAGAGGGCGGUCGUUGAAACCAGACACAUGUCUCUCGACUUAGAUAACAAAUCACUGCUUAACGAUCACAGUAAAGAUGGCAUUAGACGUAAAGAGCGAAAUAAUAGUUUGCCUGUAAAUGUUGGACUAAAAAGGCGUAUGAGUUCGCACGAAAUACUCGAACCUAUCGAUGAAGCAAAGAGGAUUAAGCUGCAAGACCAUAACAAAGAACGACGAGAUUCCAAAGAUAGUUCUAAGAGUGAUGACAAAAAAGAUAAGCCAAGCAAACAUAAACACAAAAAUAGCUCAACAGUUAACUCUCACAACAGUUCGAAAGAUUGUGAAGAACGGCGCAGGGAGAAAGAGAAAGAGCGCGAAGAGAGACACCGGCAUAAGCAUAAGAGCGACAAGCAAAAAUCCAAAAGCAAAAGCAGAGAAAAGGAUGGAAAAGAGAUCCGUGACUCUCCGCCAGACACACCUUUAUCAGAAUCCACACACUCUUUGAACGACAGAGACUUUUUAGCUAAACUCAACUUACGUAGUAACGAGGACAUUGAAAGGGAAGAGAAACAAAAACGGGAACAAUUCAAAGAAAAACGACCGGAAGAAGCCAAGAAAUUAGACUUGGAGAGGCACGAUAAAAUAAAAAGGGAAAAGCAUCCCUCAGAAUCCAAAGAUCUUAAACUCUCACCAGAUGACAAGCUAAAACAAUUGGAUCUGACUAAAAAAGAACACGUUAGGAAAUCAACAAAUUCAUCGGGCAGUGACUCUGAUGCGCCAAAGAAACACUCCAUCUUUGAUAUUGUCGACGACGGACCUCCGUACAUUUCUAUGUAUGAUAAAGUAAAAGCCAGAAGCUGCAAGAACAUGCAAAAACAAGAAGAAGAGAAGCGACAAGAAAAAAUUAAAGCCAAAUUCAGUCAGCUCAAGUUGAGCAGAGCUAGGCGCGAGGAAAAGAAACGAUCGACUUCAUGGGAUGAAGAUUCCGAUUCGGACAGAGAAGCCGUAAUCGUACGGCGAAAUAGAAAAGUAAUAGAUAGUUCGGAUGAAAGCCAAGAACGCAAAAAUCAAAAUAAAUCAUUAUGCAGCGACUCAGAUGGUUCUAUUCAUAUGAGAUCCAUUAAGACUGAAGAUAUUACAGAUGAAGAUAUCAAAUUAAAACAUCAAAUUUUCAAAAUAAAGUCACAAUCGAAGAUUACUUCAGAUACCUCGGACGAUGAUUAUCAUAGGCGACUCCAAAGCAAUAACAAAAUAAAAUCCGAAAAUUACCUAGAGGAUAAGAUCAAAACAGAAUACUUUGAAAAUGACACUGAAACCGAAUUGGAUGUGAAACCUGAAAAAAUCACUUCUAUAAAAAGUGAAAUUGAGCGGCUAGUGAAAAAGGAAAGAAGAAAUAGUAAAUUUCAAGAAUUUACUUUAUCAGAGCCUCAGAGCUUUGAUAUCAUACACACGGAAUCUUCGGAAGUUAAAAUGGAACAAAAGUUUAACUGCAGGUCUCUCUUUGACAAUAGCACCGAAGACGAAAUUGCCGAGAUGAGGAAAGAGAAAGCCGAAAAACGUGAAAAGAAACACAAGAAAAAGCAGAAAAAACAAAAACAGUCAGUUAGUAGCGAAGAAUUAAACAAACUUGAAACUGAUUCAGUGUUAAGCGACGCACCUGAAAAGAAACAUCACGAUAGAAAAAAGGAACAUUCAAAGAAAGACAAAAAGAGAGAGAAAACAAAAGAGGGUAAAGAUAGAUCCAAGAGGAAAAAGAAUAGAAGUGAAGACAAGGAAGAUUUAAAGCGCGAAGGCAAAAUGGAGAAUAUCUUUGGAUCGUUAUCAGAAGAUUCAGACGCCGGAGUUAAAGAACCGAAAUCAGAAUCUAACGUUGAUGAAAUUGCUCUGGCACCUUCUACUUACCAUACCGAAUCUGAAAAAGAGCAAGAAAAGGAGGAACGUGAAAAAGAGGAACGAGAAAAAGAGGAGCAUAAGAGACGCAAAGAAAAGAAGCGGCGAGAGAAAGAAAGAAGGCUGCAAGAAGCAGCAGCAGCCGCCGCUGAAGAACCUCCUAAUAGCAACGAAAAUAGUAUGGACUUUGCUGAUAUGUGUAAACAAUUAGAAGAAAAUAUCAAAGACGAUGCUUCUGAGGUAGACUUUAAACCAGAGGCAGAUUUAUCGAACUUGGAAACAACUGAUGCCUUUGCGUUUCCCGAUCAAGAGAAUAAAAAAGAAAAAGAGGAGAGAAAAGAGGUUAAAGAGAAGAAAAAGAAACGCAAAAAGAGCAAAGAUGAAAAGAAACAUCAUCACCAUCAUCACCAUCAUGACAAAAGUAAAUCCAAGAGUGCUGAUAAUCUUAAACCAGAUAAAGAAUUGGAACAAGAACCGCAAACUCUUGAAGCACCUGUUAAACUUAGCAGCAUUCCUGAAAUUAAGAUUCACACUGAAAAAGAGGACGAAAGUAUCACAUCAACAGCUCCUCUAACGCCUUCAAGCAGUCAUAAUCAAAGUUUGCCAAGUCUAGUAGAAAUUUCAAGUCCAGUUAACAAAAUUUCUCCCGAAUUAUUAAUCUCUCCUAGCACACGCGAUAUGGUUCCUUUGAUUAGUCCAAUUCCUAAAACACCGACAACAUCCAAAGUUAAACGCGAAAAGCUAAUUCCUGGUUUUGGAACCGAUAUUGACGAAGUAAUUCAUGAAACUGCUGUCAAAUCGAUUUCCGAGGAAAUCCAACCGAUUGCUAAAACUGAAGAACCCAUUAUCAAAGAAGAGGGUAAAGAGGAACUAGAACCCACUCCUGAUAAACCUAGGGUGGUAAUUUCGCAAGAAGAAACAGAAGACGCAGUUGCGGCGCUUUUGGGAGAAAGUUUUGGAAGUACUCAGUUCGAAGAACGGUACUCUGAGGAAGUUAAUACUACGAACGAAGAGGUGGUUCCCGAACUCGUUGAAGAAGAAAUUCCGCAAGAUGAUGAAGAAAUGCGAAAAGCUGUACAAAGCUUGGAAGUAGAGGGUGAAAUUUCUAAACCGGACACACCACAAAGUGAACACGAUCUGCAGAUCGAUACCGACACUGAAGAACAAGAUGACAGUAGCCAGACUGUGGAUCAGGUUCCAAAAACACCAGAAACACCUAUUAUACACUCUAAAGUGACUGACAGUCCCUUCUUUUCAAGUACUGAGAAAGUAGCCACUCCUUCGCCGGUGACUUACGCAACUUUAACUAGCCCGCCCUCAUUAACUCCAAUUAAGCCACAAUCAGUAGCAGUUGUGGACGCAAAGAAAAAUCUAAAUUUGGGUGAGAUAAAAACAGUUACCGAAUUGCCGCCACCACCACCCUCAAUACCACAGAAAACCGUUAUUGCUCAAACCUGGCCUAAAGAAAAGGUUGAAUUGCCUUCUAAAAUUGAUAUCCCUAUAGAGGAAAAAGUAUCUGCAAGUGUAACGUCACUUCCUGUCCUUAAACCGUUUGCAACUUCCGCACCGGUUAAAGUGUCUGAACCAAGCUAUCCACCUUUAGCCAAAUUGUCUCCGUCUCUAGAGCAAAAAUGUUCUUCACCAAUACUUCAACCUCAAACGGUCGUUGUCCAACAAUCCCGACAUAACUUACCAGCCUGCUCUCCUGUUGCAGUUUGUAAAUCCACUACUUCAGAAGGUAUUUUGUCACCAAAACCAUCAAACAACGUAAAUCUAAACCGAUUGCCAAUAACUUCGGUUAUGGUGAGCAAGCCAAUACAAGCAACCACGAUAUAUUUACCUCAAGCUAAAGUGGCUCAAUCAUCUGAGCAACCUAAACUAGUCACUACUGCUGAACUAAGACAGGAGCGUCCCAGAAUGAUAUUACAACCAUCUGGUGUGCCUCCUUAUUCCGCUUUUCCAACCGGAUCACCUCCGAGAGUAAUGAUUCCGGGCAAUAUAAGGCAUCUUCCACCAAGUGGCCUUUUACUGACCACACGACAUAUUAAUCCGUCUGCGAAUUACGGACAGUUUAUUGCCAGAGUACCACAUCCCGCAAACUUUGUCUCUUUGCCCCCAAAAGAUGUUCCUGUUCAAAGUGAUAUUAUUCAACCCCAGAUAAGCUUAAGUUCUCCCCAAGUUGCUACAAGUUCAAUGUCAGUAAAUGCACACAUACCGUCAACUGCUAAUAUACUAAGGGUUAAUACGCAAUCGUCUGGAGUAAUAAACAUGUGUCAUUCACCCCUAAAUGGGGCACAUGGAGACGCUUUAAGUCCUUCAACCUCAUUGAAAUCACCGAUUUUGCUGCCUGCUGCCCAAUCAAGUCCUUUGACGAGUCCAGUUAUUGCUAGUAGUAGCUCUUCUGUAGUAGGCAGACAGUCGCCGGUUAUCACACAAGCUGUUUCUGUAACUGCAACUGUAACUACUCCACCAACUUUACCUGAAUCUAAAAUUUCUAAAGAAGUUACUACUCCGAAAGAGGUGUCACAAUUGGCUUUGCCAGAAUUAAGAACUUCUACGCCGAGUCCCGUUAUUGUUGCCAAUCCAGAAGUUAAAUCAGAUAAUAUUCCACCUCCUCAAAGUCCUAUUAAAUUGGCAAUAGAAAAAGUCACCGAAGAACUUAACUUAUCAUUAGAAAAGAAAGAAGUUUCUGAUGAAAAUAAGAAAGACGAAACUUCAGAAGCUGGUAAAGAUGCCACAGAGCCAGUUAAAAAUGAUGUUACUGAAGAACUCAAAAAAGAAGAAAAGCAGGUAGUAGAAUCUCUUCCAGUUGAAAAACUUGAAGAACCGAAAAAACCUGAUGGUAACUUUACACUAAAUCCUAAAUUGGAAGAAUCAAAAGAUCCCGAAGACUCUAUGGACAAUAAGGAAGAUAAUGACUUCUGGUCAGCGAAAGAUUCUGUUAAUAUCGAUUCUGUGAUUAAAACGCUCGGCUCCGCAGACGAAUUAUCCGAUACAGAAAACAAAGAACCAGAACAGUCCAGUCUACCCAGUGUUAACAAUGAAAUAACAGAAUCGCCGGAAAAAUCAUUAUCAGCAGAAGAACCGAUUUUAUCAGAUAAUAAAAAUGAUGAAGAAUCGGAGGCACCUCUAGAAGGAUCUGUAGAAACCAUAGAAGAUCAGAAACAAGCGUCGGGGACCAGAAGUAGUGUUCGUCGAGGCGGAAAACUAGGCAGACCUCGGGGAGCCACUCAGAAAGUCACGAGAACAAACGUUGAACGUGCGGGCAUCCAAACUAGACGUGGUAAACUUAAAGAAGCCCAAGUUACCGCGACUCCGAAUAGUAAACGCGGCGGUAGAGGUGGCGCAGCAAAAUCCCGAUACGAAAGAAAAUCAAGCAAAUCGGAUAGAGAAUCAGAUACACCAUCUACAAAUGAUGUGUAUGAAUUCCGGGAUGAUUCGGAUGAUAGUAACCGAGAACAACGCCCUAGACUGGUGCUUACUAUUAAAUCGACCACGUCCAGUACUAGCAAUGCUCAGGCAACGGCAAUCGUCAAAGAGAUUACUAAAGACGGAACUAAAGAAAUUGGCAAGGAACAUGUACAAGUUAAAAUAAAAGAAAAAGAAUCUCCCAAGGAGGCGACACCGAAAGAACCCGAGCCAGCUAAAGAAACUAAAGAAGACUUUACAUCACCUCAAGCAGCCAACACAAGGAAAUCAAGACGGCUUGCUCAAAAAGAUAUUUCCAAAAACACUAUUGAUGACACCAUUGAGGAUGUUGUAAAGAAUUCCCCUGUAACAAGAUCUUUAGCUAAUCAGCGUAGGUCUGGCCGGCAGUUAAAGAAACCACAGCCAGUGGAAUUAGAUACUCCUCGAAAGAGUCCUAGAGGCAGAAAACCAUCCCGAAGAGCCUCAGAAGCGGCGGAAUCUUCGAGCGAAGAUAUGAAAGAUGACAAUUCUAAAUCUGUUGAAACAACUGUUGCGCCAUCACCGGUACUGCCACCAUCACCUAUCAAAGCUAAAUCUGACACACCAGUAGUUGACAAACCAAAGGAGCCUGAAAAGAUCGCUCAAGUAGAACCAUCUAUAAAAGAAAAGAAAGUAGAUCAUCUUAGUUUAAAAACUGCUAUGCUCAAACGCUUUAAGGGAGAAAUGUCAGCUAAUAACAAACCGGAACCGACAAAUCUCAUUGACCCUGUCACAGGAAUGUUAAUCCCAAUGCGUGAAAGCGAGGAAGGCAAAUACAUUCCGUUGCCUGGAUCAUCGCCAGGGGAUAAAAAGCCCGCCGUUGCUAUUGCCGCAACUAUAGAAGUUUUACCUAAUAAACCGACAGAUCCAAUUAAGCAGCCGCAGCCAAGUGUUAUUGCACAAUCUCAUCAAUUGAAUAUUAUCCAACAACCAGCACCUAAAGUGCAUUCGUUAAAAGCGCACGUGCUUAGCAGUCAAGCAGCCAAAGCGGUCGUGAGUGAGAUCGCUGCCCCUCUAACUGUACAUCCGGCUGUUUCUUUAGUAAAAGAGACUAUUCCAGUGAUCGCCACACCACCUGGAACGGUUGUUGUGGCGAAAACGACUGCGCCAGUACUAGUAUCGAGGAGUGGUACCCCAGUAACAUCGGCAAUACCUACUUCUGUAAACCUUCAAACUGUCGUUGGUCCUCUAUCUCCACGACCUGGAGCGCCAGUGGGAACACAGGUGAAGCCGCCUGUCUUAUCACCGUCUCAGCAAAUACUUCUUAACAAUCAAAAGCAUUUGUUGCAAGCUAGAGAACAGCCGCUCGGACUCCAGAUGGCCUCGAAACAAGCUCAAAUGGUCAACACCCAAAUGGCGCAUAUGAAACAAGUGAUGAUGGCCACCUCAAAGGCCGGAAUCGUGAAGCCUCCGCAUACUAUUCAUCUAUCGGGGCAAAUUGCCAGUCCUCCAAUCAGUAAAGCACACGUUUCGGGUAGGAUUAUACAGGUGCCACCACAGGGGGCGGCCAAAGGGAUCAUGGAACCCCCAAAGAUCGAUGUUAAUUUACCGAAUAUUAUUAUGGGACGGUCGAACUUAAGUCCUUCGGGACCGCAGGCCAGAUUGGCCGGAUUGCCUGUUUAUGAGGCAAGCUUGAUGAUAGCGGACCCAAGGGCUUACUAUAAGAGAAAUAGCCCUCCUCCGGCACAUCAAAAUUCUCCACAUUCUCCUAAGGGUGAACAAAUUAGUCAUUUCUCCGCUGGUCCAACUUUACCGGGGCACUACAUACAUCCCCAACAGCACAUGAUGUACCAACAGUUCUUAAGGCAACAGCAACAACAACAUUUCCAAAGAUCUGCCAGCUUAGAAAAAUCUGGAGAGGAAGGUGAAGAAGCUCCUGUAGGUCUUGCUUUAUCGGGCAGAGGUGCAGCGGUACCCCAUCAUUCCCCACAUGACCGAACUACAGAAUCACCAGCACUCGGACAAGUUUAUAAUACAUUAUCUGCAAGGCAUCCUGCCUACCAUCCGGGCACGAGGUACUUCGAUCAGCAACCGGCAGAGCCACCACCUGCUCAUAGACCGCUCACGUCACAUGACAGAGCAGGCUUGCCGCCUUUGGGGGCGCAUACUGCUUCCCACCCCAGCACACUUUUAAUACCUGAUCGACCUACAGCGGUUAUACCAGAAAGACCUAUGAGUGCACAUCUGGCUCACGAGAGGGCGCCGCUGGGUACGCCCGAUAGGCCUCAGAUACCUUAUGGAGGAGAACGAUCUCUACCGCUUGUUGGUGCCGGGUUGGGUGCAGCAGGUAACCUUAUGGGCGCAGUUGCCAAACAUAUCGGCGUAGAUGCUCCUACUGCUCAAAGAGGCAUUCAGGCGGCUACUCCACCUUUAGCCAGUCAAGUACCACCACAAGCAGAAAGUCUCUUUAUGCUUCUAAAGCAAUAUCCUUUAAUGUGGCAAGGCCUAUUGGCGCUAAAGAACGACCAAGCGGCAGUCCAAAUGUAUUACGUAUCUGGCAAUGACGACGUUGCUAAGUGUAGCCUACCAAAGAACACGGAUGGAUCCACGCCACCCCUCAGAAUAUUUCAAAGAAUGAGGUUAGAACCGAUGCAAGUCGAAGGGGUGGCUAGAAAAAUGCAAAUGGAAAAAGAACAUUGUAUGCUACUAGCGUUGCCCUGUGGGCAUGAUCACAUGGACGUAUUAAAACAAUCAACGAACUUAACGUACGGAUUUAUCACAUACUUGCAGCAGAAACAGGCAGCCGGUAUUGUUAAUGUGGCGGCGCCUGGAACAACUCAUCCACCUGCUUACGUGGUUCACAUCUUUCCCUCUUGCGACUUUGUCAACGAAAAUCUACGCAGAAUAGCGCCAAGUCUUCUCGAGAGGGUGGCCGAUAUCGCCCAUCUCCUUAUCGUCAUAACCACAGUGUGAACUGAUCCAGAGCUAAAUGAGGGUCAAAGUUUUGGUAACUACUUGUGAAACAGAAAAAAAAUGUGUCUUUGCUAGUCAUUUUGUCUUAAAGUCUUCGACUUUAAAAUGUCUAAAGAUGUCCCGAAAGUGUCGCCUCGAGUAGAUGUUGCUUAUUCGUUAUGAUUCCGUGUUCGGCCCAUAAAAUGUUUUACGUUAUUUUUUUUUAAUUCUUAGAACAACAGUUUAUGUAUGGGAAGGCUUUUGAUAUUUAAGGGGCCGAGAAUGCGGACUUUAAAAGUGUGUUAAGUAAUGUGCUGUUGUGUCUUACUCCAAACGAAAAAAAUAUUAUUAAUACUAUUAAUAAAAAUUUAACUACACUACUAAAUAUGCCGUUUACAAAAGAACAUUAUGGAUAUGUAUAAAAAAAAUAAAAACACUAUACUUAACUAUUAAAAAAAAGUUUCACUGUGAUUUCUAAAGAUGCGUUACUAUAUUAUAAAAAUGUUAAAAAAUAUUUAAAAAAAAAAUGAUAAUUUACCUACAUAAGAGAUCUCAUAUUUGAACUUAGUUUUGUAAUAAAGAGUUUUUCUUUGUUUAGAAGAUCUUUAUUUUCAUAUUCGCGUCCUUUAAUAUAUUUUUUGUAUCUCCUUUUCUAUAGGUUGGCACAAGGAAUAUUUUUAAAUAUAUAUGAAAGAUAAUUUUCCAUUUAUUUAGAUGAUGCUAAUCAGACUUUCGAAAUAAUUAAACUUAAACACAUGAUAAUAAACGAAGAAAUUUAUGAUACAUGCAAUAUAUAAAAUAAUUAUAUUAUAUAUAACAUUAUAUGUAAUAUAAUUAUAUUCAAUUAGUAAGCAGUUUCAAUAAGACAAAAGUCGGAAUAGAUCCUUAAUUUUUUCUUGUAAAAACCUUUUGAAGCCAUUUAAAACGAAAAAAAAUUUCUUGUGUCAAUCCAACUUUUGGACGAUCCUUACAAUAUUUGUAAAGAAAGUGCAAAAGUAACUUUUAGAGUUUUUUUUUGGUUUUUCUUAUAUUGGGGUUAGGUUGUUUAAAAGUUUAUUUUUUAUAUAUGCUUCUUGUUAUUAAUUUAUUUAUUUUGUAGUCAUACGAAACAGUUUAGAGUUUUUUUUUCUCAAUUGUCGCCAUCGGUAUACGAACAGAUCGAGAGAAAAUGUAUGAAAGGCUUUGUAUAGAAACGUUUUUUUUUAAUUUGUUAUUAACAAGGUGAUUUGUUUGUAUUCAUGGCCACAAAGAGCGUCGCUUUUGCCCCCCUUUUGCAAUAAGAAUGGAGUUUUUUUAAAAAUUUUUUUUUACAUUUUUUUGGGUUUCUUUUGGGACGAAGGCGACGCUAACUAAAAGAAAACUACAAGAAUAUUUAACUUUAGAUGUAACAUACUGAUGCAGCUUAACCCUUGCGUUUCUACAGGCUGUAAACGUUUAAAUUUAAAUGUUACCCUUCUUCGAAGUAGUCUUGGAGAUUUAGAGUUUUAGGGUGGUGUUUUUUUCUUAAAAAUUUAUAAAUUAAAAUGUCACAAUGUUUUGUUAGUAAAAACUUAAAUUUAUGACUUCUAUAUAGUUUAUCUUCUUCAAAUGGCAUACUCUUGUUUUAUUUUUGUUUAAGCCUAAUUACAUAGAGAUAGAUCAAGCGUUCGGCCAGGCCACUUACUGACCGCCUUUUCUAACAAUCGCGGCAUAAUUCGACAAUGGACCAAGUGGCUUCAAUUUUUAAAUAUUAUAAAUCUGCUACAUAAUUGGUUUUUAAUAAUAUACAAUAAGUGGGGUAUAUUUAACUUUUCUUAAUUCAUAUUAGUAAAUGUUCAAUUAUUGUUUUUCAUAUUUAUCUUGAUGCAUACUUAUCUUUAUUUAAAUAAUUUUAUAAAUGUACAAUCAAUUUUAGGCUCUGCAGUUUAACUUAAUACCACAUCAGCAAAAAAUUGUAAAUUAAACGUCACAUUUCCCUAGUUUCUUAUCUUAAUUAAUAAGCUCAAAAAUAUGUAUCUGAACAAAGCCAAAAAUUGUAAUCACAUUCAAAAUAAGGAAGCGCUAUAAUAUAGAAUCAUUAAACGAACGCAAUGAAUAAUUUAAUAAGAUUCCUACGUAAAAAAUUAAAUAAUCAUUCUAAAACCCCACCCCAAAACUAUCUAAACAAAUUGCAAAGCUAUAGGUUAUAUAAAAAAUUGUAGCAUAUAUAAAAUAAUAGUUGUACGAAUUACUUUUUUUUUUAAUUUACACACGAUGUACCAUACAUGUGAAUAGGUAGUUUUAGUUUCGUUUAUUUAUAUAUAAGGUUUAAUUUUUGAGUUUUACAUGUUAAGAGUUUUUCUGUACAGUGUAUCUAGCUUGUAAGUAAUAAUAGCGAGCGUUACAAAAAAUACUAUAAUAGGGAAAAUUGUGAUGUCUAUACUACUAUGUAAAUUUUGUACAUAAUAUAUAAAAAU